AUGGCUAUGUACCACCACUACUACUCAAGCUCCCAAUACAAUGAGAAAGAAAUUGGAGAACAACUUUGUUAUAUCCCACAUGAUGCACUACAAAAUUUGGAAUGGUACCCUACUUUUUCAGAAACCAUGGAGAAAAGUUUGCAAGAAGAUUUGAAUUAUUUGCUUUUUUGUGACACUCAAGAGAAAGAAACUCUCAAAUUCAAUCAAUUGGGUGAAGGAAUACCACAAGAAAAUAUGUCAAAUGUUCAAAUAAAUCAAGAGGGUAAUAUUGAUACAAGUUUGGCUAAUAUUCAUAUCAAGAAUCAUGAGAAUCUACCGAAGAAUAAUGUGAAGUCUCAAAGUAAAGAGAAGGGUCUAAAAGUUAAGAAGAGUAAAGAUAAGGGUCUCAAAGCAAAGAAGAUAGAUAAUUAUAAAGAAAGAAUUUGUAGUCAUUGUAAGACUAAGGACACUACUCAAUGGAGGAAUGGACCUUUGGGGAGAAAUACUUUAUGCAAUGCUUGUGGAUUAAGAUUCAAGUCAAAUCGGUUGAUGGAAGGGUAUAAACCUAGGGCAAGUUCAAAUCUUGAUAUGAUAAAAGAAUUUAGAUUUUCCCAGGAGAUAUAA